AUGGCAUUCAAACAAUCUAGAACCCUAAAACCAGAAAGAUUUGUUAAUGACAAGUUGAUUGAAGCCAUCGAGAACGAAGAAUCCCUCGAAGCAAUUAAUGAUUUGGCAGAUAGUUUGGUCGAUCGACAGACGCUGAAAAAGAUGAAGCAGUCAGCUAAAGAGAAACUCGACCCAGUGGGUCACAGUUAUGAUGCAGUGAUGAAGUACAAGACAAAAGUACAGGAUGUACUGAAAGAUCCAUUCCUAAUUUACAAAGUGGACUGUGGAAAACAAAUUGUGUUUAAGACCAGUCGGGAACAGUUACAACUUGCUAUGGAGAUGGACCGUGACGGCCAAAAACAUCUGAAUGUUGAAUCGUGCCAUGUGGACGGCAAACACAGUCGUGUCACAGGAUUCAUAACCAUCUCUUUAGUUGUGUAUAACCCGAAUUUAAGGGAAAUGACGAAAAUUGCAACAAUGGAAUGUCCAACAGAAAGCAAGGAGAAUAUCGGAAUGUUUUGGGAUUGCCUGAAUACAGCGUUACAACAAUUCACUGGUGAAUUGUACCUGUACGUUUUUGAUGGGGGGGGGGCUUCACUUCAAGAACAAUUGGGAACAGAAGAAAUUAACCGGGCCGUUAGUUGUGAGCGCCACUGGGGAUUCUCUGUUGACAGAAAUGCAAAGAAACUGAUUGGAGAAGACCUGAGAAAGAAAUAUCGUUUUCUUUCUGAUUCAGUAUUGAAAGCAUCCACUAAGAACAUGUAUGACAAGGCAAAGGCUGCGCUGGAGAAGUUUAUCGACAACAACCCAUUUUUGAACAACUGGUGGAAAUGCUGGGAAGCUCGUCGAUCCCAUGUUUUUCGCGCCUUUAAGCGUGGUUUCAAUGUGGCAAAGAGUAAUUUGGCAGAGGUCCACAACUCAAGAUGGUAUCAUAUUGGUGUAGAGAACCUCACUUUGAUUCAAGCUUGUCGUAAAGAUGUAGCUGAAAGUGUCAAGCUCAAGAGGCGAGUAGAAGGUUACGAAGUUGGUGCAUACAAAGGAGGCCGUGGCCCAUCCGUCGUGGACCUCCAAAGACGAAGACACGUAGACCAGAAGAAGUAA